AAAGGUCCCAACUUUAUUUUCUCACUGUCCUUUUAUCUCAAGGUCUGGUCCCACAACGAGUACCCUCUGAUCCCAGUAGGGAAGCUGGUCCUCAACAGAAACCCUGUCAACUACUUUGCAGAGGUGGAGCAGCUGGCCUUUGAUCCUAGCAACAUGCCUCCAGGCGUCGAGCCCAGCCCAGACAAGAUGCUGCAGGGUCGGCUCUUCUCCUACCCAGACACACACAGGCACCGCCUGGGCGCCAACUACCUGCAGCUGCCCGUCAACUGCCCCUUCAGAGCCCGCGUGGCCAACUACCAGAGGGACGGCCCCAUGUGCAUGGGCGACAACCAGGCCGGAGCCCCUAACUACUACCCCAACAGCUUCAGUGCCCCAGAGACACAGCCUCGCUGCAUUGAGUCCAAGUUUCAGGUGUCACCUGAUGUGGCUCGCUACAACAGUGCAGACGAUGACAAUGUCACUCAGGUGCGCAGCUUCUACACCCAAGUCCUGAAUGAGGAGGAGAGGCAGCGUCUGUGUGAGAACAUGGCCGGCCACAUGAAGGGAGCACAGCUCUUCAUUCAGAAACGCGCGGUCCAGAACUUGAUGGCGGUCCACCCUGACUAUGGGAACCGGGUCCAGACAUUGCUCAACAAACACAAUGCAGAGAACAAGAAGAAUGCGGUGCGGGUGUACACCCAAGGUGGGGCAUCUGCAAUGGCAGCAGCCUCGAAGAUGUGAUGCUCUGCUCCGGCCAGCAGAGGGCAGCCUGCUCUCCCUGCACUUCAACCUGCCGAGGCUGCUAUCAGCUUCCGUCCUGCCACUCAAAAGGCACACUUUAGAUUCAAGGCUUCUUGGAUAGAUUCAAGGCUUCUUGUUGCUUUAACUUCUGUACUAACAAGCAGUCUGUUAUUUGCCAAAGUGAUCGUUUAAGGCCUGAUGGUAAAUGAUGGCGUUUUAUGGAAUUGUUCUUACCCAUUUCAAUGUGAAAACCAGAUUUUUUCGUUCCUAUACUUGAUUUUUGUUAAUUGGAUAAACUACCGCAGUAUGUCCACCAUUUUAGCAUUGUCUGAUUACUUAUGGCUAAAAUCAUUAUGCCUUUUGCCUUAAAGUUAAGCCAGUCAAGUGAACGUUCUACAAACUGAGCAUCAUGCAGGCUGAGAACCUGAGCUCGCUAAACAGGAAAUGGUAGAUCCCCGUUCAGUUCAGAGAAGAUCACUGUACAUCUCUGCAUCAGAGAUUGGCCAGACUUGAAUGCAAAGUGGAGUACAAAACAACAUUCCAUUUCCCCCAACAUGUUCCAGUCACCUGAAUGAUCCUCAUUAUAUCCUGCCCAGAUUAGUAGUCAGCAGCGUUUUUUACAAACCACUUAAAUGCAGCUAUAAGAUGGCAUGGUUUUUGCAGAGAGCAUAAUGCAGAUAUAAGUUGUACGUUUCUAGUUCAAAGCUGCAUGGCAUUCUCUUGCUUUUUAUACCGGUCAGCGAUCAGGGCUGCUCUACGUCUGUGUCCUGGUAUGAAAAGAUUUCCAAUUUAUUCUGAAUUUGGGAAAUGAUGCUCGGCUGUGUGUUCAUUUUUGUUGUUUGAUGUUUUCCUGACAUACUGCUGAUGAUGAGUCUGUGUGCCUCCACCUCAUCCUUACUAAGUGGGAAUCGGCUUUCAUCGAAUUCAGUUCAUCUGCAAGGUGUAUUUGCUGGGAUUUAAAUAGCUGAAUCAUUAUCCUAUGUUAAUCAUGUCCAUUGUAGAACAAUUGACACCAGAAAAUAUUUUUUCUUGAUACUAUGCAUUGGAAUUUGAACCUAAAGAGUCAAAGAUGCAAACAUUAAUUCCCUCACACAAGCGUCGGAAGAUGAGCGGAUGUACACUGUGCUUAUUUUGUAAUUUAAGCAAAUAAAACCUGAUUGUAUUAGAGUUUUAA